AUGGCCAACCACCUGUGCAAUCAUAUCGGGAAGGUAGCUGGGGAAAUCAUUGUCGGAAACCUAUGUACUAAGUAUAGGUGCACACAAAUAUCUAACGUCGACUGGGAACGGGGAAACUGGCCAACCACCUGUAUGGGGAAAUCAUGGUUGGACACCUGUGAACUAAGUACAGGUACAAGAAAGUAUUUAAAGGCAACUAGGAACAGGGAAGCUGGCCAACCGCCUAUGCAUUCAAAUUUAGCAGGUGGUUGGGGAAAUUAUUGUCGGACAACUGUGUACUAA